AUGAGCUCAAGCGAUGACGAGAGUUGGAUGGUUCCCCUCAGCCAGCGGGGCACCCCUGCUCCCAACCCCGCCACGGGGGGGAUGAUGCUCGCUCGUCAGGAGGCUCUACGCCGCCAACGGACCUCCGCAUUGGCGACGAAACCACCCCCGCAACCACCCUCAUCGCAGCUUAAGCAGCAACCAGGGGGGGUUUCCUCCGCUGCUCGUGGAGGAGCGCCGCCGGCGGAGUCGUCGUUGCCCGAUUUCCUCCUCGAUGAUGAUGGUGAGGAGGGGGGGAAAGCGGGGGUGGGAGCGACGAGGCCGCCACCGCCUCCAGACGUGAGGGGGGCCGAGGACGUCGGGGAAGCGGAGCUGCGCGUGAGUGAGGAGAGCGUCGAGCAUCUUCGCCGUCAGCUGGAGGCGAAGAAACGGUUGCUUCGGUCGAAACGGGAGAAGGAAUCCGCUUGGAUAGAUAAGUGGCGCGCCGACAAAGCGCAGCGGCAGGCCGAGAUCCGGCAGAUCGAAACCAAGCUGAGCGCCGUGAAAAACUCCGUCGAGGAGGCGAAGGCCCGCGCGGAGGCCGAACUUUCCCAGGCCGAAGCCAGGUACGAACUUGAGAUGCUGGAAGCGCGGCGGCGGAUUGAGGAGGAGGUAAAGUCCCAGUUCGAGCCGCAAAUAGCGGAGUUGCAGAGCAAACUGGAGGCCAUGCGUAAGGAGGAAGCAGAGCUUCGGGCGCAGCUGGAUGCGCAGGGCGGUGCGAACGAUCUGGUUCAGAACGCGAUCACCGCCGCCGUUCGCACUAUUUUGCAGGGGAUCGAGGAAAAGUUCUCGAAAGAUGCUCUCAAAUCGGAAGAGUGGAUUAAGACGGUGGAGCAACUGGUGCGUCAUGAGGUCCGCUCUUCCCUUGCGGUCAGUGCGGAUAGCGAAGCGCAGUCUGAGCGCGAGGAGCAGAAGAAGAACUUUGCCGAUAUCUUAGAGUUUUGGCGCCAGGCCGAGGAGGAGGUGCGAGAUCGCACACAGAAGAUGGAUGAGGUUCUUUUAUCCGAUCUUCAGUCGGCGCUUCACGAGGAUCUCGCGCGGCUCCAGAAAGAGGAGCUUAGCAUGGAGGAGGUAUACAUUAAAUCGCGUGAGGCGUGGGCGUCGCAGCACCAGGCGAUGCUGCAGGCUGAGGUCGAUGCCGUUAUCCAGCGACGAGAAGCGGAGUUCGCCGAGUAUCGUAAGCUGCGCGAUCAGAUCCACCUUGAGCGCGUCGCUGGGAUCGAGCACCGACACCAGCAGCAGAUGAGCCUGGAGGAUCGCAUGCAUAAAGAGGAGAUGGAGCGGCUGCGCGGACAUUUCGCGCAGGAGGAGCAUCUCAAUGAGGAGCGGCAGCGCAUCGCGGUGGCGGCUCAGCAGGAUAUCGCGAAGGCCAUGGAGUCUUUUAAGGGCGUAGCCGCCUCCAUGGAGGCAGUGCUAACCUCUUUAAAGGAUUAUCGUGCGUGUGUGGAUGAGGGCCGCGCCGCGCUAGAGUCCGACCGCCAAGCGGCUUUAACGGAUCGUCAGAAAACGCUCGAGUCGGUUCGCGAGCUGGUCACAUCCCUGCACACGACCAUCGACGCGGACUACCGCAGCCUCAACGAAGCCUCCUCUAAACUCCAGCUGGCGAAGGAGCAGAUGGAGGAGCUGAUGCGGUCGGAAGCGGUGUGGUUAACUCAACAGGAGGCGGCCUACACGAAGAGUCGGGAGAGCUGGGAGCGGGAGUAUCGUCGGUGGAAGCAACUAGUGAAGCAGGAACGACAUAACGUCGAGGAGCGCUUUUAUGAGACACUAGGUGUGUUGCGAGAUAGCGUUGCCCAGCUCGGCGCGGAAGAGCAGGAAAUUGAGGUGCAAUCGGCCGCCAUGAAGCGUGCGUUUGCCGAGAUGGAAUCCUCCAUUGCCAAGGAUAUUGCCGCUCUCCAGACCAAACAACAAGAACUACAGUCUCGGAAAGAGGCGAUGAGCGGAAUGCUCGGCACCUUAGACCAGAAAGGUGAGGAGAUCACACGGCAAUGGCAUGCUUUACAAGAGGAGCGUGUAUCCCUCGCCUCUGAGUGGGAUGCCUUGCGAGAGGAGGAGUCGCGGCUACAGCAGAUGGCGCACUCAUUGAAUCUCGUUAAUAGCCAAUGCGAUGCAACACGCGCCCAGGCCGCCGCUGCUGCCGAGCACGGCCGCAUCUUGCAGCAGCAUCUAUCGAUGACUAGAGAUGCCGUCGAGCACGGAUUGGGGCGCUCACUUCCCUCAGGUUCCAAUCAGAAGGCGUAUCCCAUCGCACCCGCUGCGCAUGCGGAUCCGUCUCGACACUUACACCAACCCCGAUCUGCGAAUGUUUUGUCCAAAAAGGAUCGACUUCCACUUAGAACGCUUAAGGAAUUGAUGCACAAUCUUCAGAAUAUGACUGAUUUUCCAGAAUUUUUUCACCAAGCUGCUUUCAAUAGUGUUAUCCCGUGCAUCGAGUCUGCAGAUGCCAGGCGAAAGAAAAGGGGAUAUGCGGCGGCCCCACCGAAAGCGAAUGCUAUUGCGUCGUUAAAAGCGCCUGAUCCUCGCAAUGAAGCUGAGAUCGUACAAAGAAGCACUUCAAGACGGAGUCUGAAUCGAUCUACAAGCGCCACCGGACAUCGCAAUUCUUCGUCUCCUUUAACGGAAAUAUCUGUUGUUCUAUCAUCCCACGCUGGGCGUUCGCUAGGGGAAACGUUCACAAAUCUUAUCAGUUUCUCAGAUGCAGAUUCAACCUCGCAUUCCCAGUUUGCUUCAUAA